GUGAGGCGCGGCUCCUGGGUGGGAGGGGGGUUGGCCUAGGUGGUCCGGAGUGGCAGGGAAGGAGGAAGAUGGCGGGGUGCAGGGGGUCUGUGUGCUGCUGCUGCAGGUGGUGUUGCUGCUGCAGUGAACGCGAGAGCCGCACCCCCGAGGAGCUGACCAUCCUUGGGGAGACACAGGAAGAGGAGGAUGAGAUCCUUCCAAGGAAAGACUAUGAGAGUCUGGACUAUGACCGCUGUAUCAACGAUCCUUACCUGGAGGUAUUGGAGACCAUGGAUAAUAAGAAAGGGCGAAGAUAUGAGGCGGUGAAGUGGAUGGUGGUGUUUGCCAUUGGCGUCUGUACGGGGCUGGUGGGUCUCUUUGUGGACUUCUCUGUACGACUCUUCACCCAGCUCAAGUUCGGAGUGGUUCAAACGUCGGUGGAGGAAUGCAGUCAGAAAGGCUGCCUUGCCCUGUCCCUCCUGGAACUCCUGGGUUUUAACUUGACCUUUGUCUUCCUGGCAAGCCUUCUUGUCUUGAUAGAGCCAGUGGCAGCAGGUUCUGGAAUCCCUGAGAUCAAGUGCUAUCUGAAUGGCGUGAAAGUGCCAGGAGUUGUCCGGCUCCGGACCCUGCUCUGCAAAGUCUUCGGGGUGCUGUUCAGUGUGGCCGGAGGGCUCUUUGUGGGAAAAGAAGGCCCCAUGAUCCACAGUGGUGCUGUGGUAGGAGCUGGCCUCCCUCAGUUUCAGAGCAUCUCCUUACGGAAGAUCCAGUUUAACUUCCCCUACUUCCGCAGCGACAGAGACAAGCGUGACUUUGUAUCAGCGGGGGCAGCUGCUGGCGUUGCUGCAGCUUUUGGGGCCCCUAUAGGGGGUACCUUGUUCAGUCUGGAAGAGGGCUCAUCCUUCUGGAACCAGGGGCUCACAUGGAAAGUGCUCUUCUGUUCCAUGUCUGCCACCUUCACCCUCAACUUCUUCCGCUCUGGGAUUCAGUUUGGAAGUUGGGGCUCCUUCCAGCUACCUGGAUUGCUGAACUUUGGUGAAUUUAAGUGCUCUGACUCUGAUAAAAAAUGCCAUCUUUGGACAGCUAUGGAUUUGGGUUUCUUCGUCGUGAUGGGGGUCAUUGGGGGCCUCCUGGGAGCCACAUUCAACUGUCUGAACAAGAGGCUUGCAAAGUACCGUAUGCGCAACGUGCACCCGAAACCUAAGCUCGUCAGAGUCUUAGAGAGCCUCUUGGUGUCCCUGGUGACCACGGUGGUAGUGUUUGUGGCCUCCAUGGUAUUAGGAGAAUGCCGACAGAUGUCUUCCACGAGUCAAACUGGGAAUGGCUCAUUCCAGCUCCAGGUCACAUCAGAAGAUGUGAAUUCAACGAUCAAGACUUUUUUCUGUCCCAAUGACACCUACAAUGACAUGGCCACACUCUUCUUCAACUCCCAGGAGUCUGCCAUCCUGCAGCUCUUCCAUCAGGACGGGACUUUCAGCCCCAUCACCCUGGCCUUAUUCUUCAUCCUCUAUUUCCUGCUCGCAUGCUGGACUUUCGGCACGUCUGUCCCCAGUGGCCUCUUUGUGCCUUCCCUGCUGUGUGGAGCAGCUUUUGGACGUUUAGUUGCCAAUGUCCUGAAAAGCUACAUUGGCCUGGGCCACCUCUAUUCUGGGACCUUUGCUCUGAUUGGUGCGGCAGCUUUCUUGGGUGGGGUUGUAAGAAUGACCAUCAGCCUCACAGUCAUCCUGAUUGAGUGUACAAAUGAGAUCACCUAUGGACUUCCUGUCAUGGUCACUGUGAUGGUGGCCAAGUGGACUGGAGACUUUUUCAAUAAGGGCAUUUAUGACAUCCACAUUGGGCUGAGAGGUGUGCCUCUUCUGGAGUGGGAGACAGAGGUGGAAAUGGACAAGCUGAGAGCCAGUGACAUCAUGGAGCCCAACUUGACGUAUGUCUACCCGCACACGCGUAUCCAGUCUCUGGUGAGCAUCCUGCGCACUACGGUCCACCACGCCUUCCCUGUGGUCACAGAGAACAGAGGCAAUGAGAAGGAGUUCAUGAAGGGCAACCAGCUCAUAAGCAACAACAUCAAGUUCAAGAAAUCCAGUAUCCUCACCCGUGCUGGUGAGCAGCGCAAGCGGGGCCAGUCCAUGAAGUCUUACCCUUCCAGUGAGCUGCGCAACGUGUGUGAUGAGCACGUGGCUUCUGAGGAGGCAGCAGAGAAGGAGGACCUGCUACAGCAGAUGCUGGAGAGGAGAUACACUCCCUACCCCAACCUAUACCCUGACCAGUCCCCGAGUGAAGACUGGACCAUGGAGGAGCGUUUCCGUCCGCUGACCUUCCACGGCCUCGUCCUGCGCUCUCAGCUCGUCACCCUGCUUGUCCGAGGAGUGUGUUAUUCAGAAAGUCAGUCCAGUGCCAGCCAGCCGCGUCUUUCCUAUGCUGAGAUGGCCGAGGACUACCCGCGCUAUCCAGACAUCCAUGACCUGGACCUCACACUGCUGAAUCCCCGAAUGAUUGUGGAUGUCACCCCAUAUAUGAAUCCUUCACCAUUUACUGUCUCCCCCAACACCCAUGUUUCUCAAGUUUUCAACCUGUUCAGAACCAUGGGCCUGCGCCACUUGCCAGUGGUGAAUGCAGUGGGCGAGAUUGUGGGGAUCAUUACCCGACACAACCUGACAAAUGAGUUCCUGCAGGCCAGGCUGCGACAGCAUUACCAGACCCUCUGACAGUUGAGCCCGGCUGAAGCCAACCCACUCUCCCAGAGGUGCCUCUGCAGGUGGCCCCCACAGCCGGCCCAAAGGCUCCCAGUCACCCAUUUGCUCAGAUGCCUGGAGUCCUGGAAGAUGGGGGUCAGAGGUUUUUGGGGAUGUGUUGAGCAGGAAGUUGGGGUUUUACUAGCUUCCUCUGUAAGAAUCUUCCGUUCUCCAGCUCCCCUAGAGAGACAGCAGGGUGCUGUCAGGCUGGAUCCUAGGUGGACACUUGGUACCUCUCUGUUGCUGUUUCUUGGAGAGCCCAGCUGUUGCCCAGACCCUUCCAGGAAGAAGUUGGACCAGGGCAAAUAUUGAGGAUGUUAUUUGCAUAUCAUGUUCAUUACUAAGUUUAGGAUUGGGCACCAAGAACUGUUCCCCAUGUUUGGGGAGGCCUGGGAUCAGAACCAGGACCUGAGAUACACUCUGCCUCUUCAUUGGCCCAUGUUUCUUCUUCUGUUUCCUAGGAGUGAGUUCAUGCUCUUGACUCUGUGGGUUGAUUGUCCUUAGAGUCAUUCAUGACCAGACCCUUGAUGCACUAACAUUCCAGCUAAUGGUCUUUGAAGCAUUAAAUUCCAUCAUGGGGAUUGGACCACA